CAAAGACAACAUACUCACUCAUUUGAUUUGUCCAUUGCUUUCUGCAUCUUAUUUCCUAAGCUAUAAGCAAGUAUGGCAUACUACCAGCAGUAUGAGAGCCCAAGAUACCCAAAUGACUGUGAAGGAGGGUGUGGCCAACAGCAGAACUAUGGUUACAAUCAGUCCGAGUACAAUUACAGUGAGCAACAGAGGCACCACAGCCUUCCACAGGGACAGAUUGUGAAGGUCUGCUCUAAGGCCAAUCCUGACUAUGCUCUGGGUAUCAGAGAUGGCAGGGCAACGCUUGUUUACUAUAAUCCCAGUGACCCAACACAGCAAUGGGUGAAGGAUGAGUCAUGGAGCAACCGUGUGAGGGACACGGUGGGCCAUCCAGCCUUUGGGCUUGUGAACAAAGCCACUGGGCAGGCCCUUCGUCAUGCCCCUGCUGCAUGCCAGGAGGUGUUGCUGACCAAGUACGAGGGUGGUUCCUAUGAUGAGAGUGUGCUGUGGAGUGAGAGUGAGGACAUGGGAUAUGGAUACAGGACCAUAAGGAUGGCAAAUGAUAUUGGCCUCAACUUGGAUGCAUUCCAGGGUGAUAGGAAGCAUGGAGGCAUCGAAGAGGGCACUAAAGUUGUGCUGUGGAAGUGGAACAAACAAGACAACCAACUCUGGAAGAUCUCUCCCUCUUACUAGAAGGAUCAUCAUCCUGCAAGCCAUAUAUGGAUAUAAAUAAAUAAGGAUCUUAAUGUUGUGGGUAUACCUGGACUUGUGUAGAGAUCGGAAUUAUUGUUGGCUUGUAUGGAUUUAUCUUACCUUAUUAUAAAGCUAUUCUAUAGUUUUUGAUA